UAUUUCCUCCCUCCUAUAAAUAACCAUUUCUUGGAGGCGUGUGGCCACCACACUCACUUUGCUUACUCCAUUACAACAACACAAAAACCUCCUCCUUCUUCACCUCCCUUUUCUCCCAUGGCUUCCAACCAAAUCCCCAACCCCAAGCUCCCCCUCCCCGCCGCGCCGGCCCCGCCCCUCGACGUCGAACAAUCCCGAGAAUUCGACUACGCCAAGCGCUCCCAAUGGCUCCGCGCCGCCGUCCUCGGCGCCAACGACGGUCUCGUCUCGACGGCGUCCCUCAUGAUGGGCGUCGGCGCCGUCAAGCCGGACAUCAAGGCCAUGAUCCUCACCGGCUUCGCCGGCCUCGUCGCCGGCGCCUGCUCCAUGGCCAUCGGCGAGUUCGUCUCCGUCUACUCGCAGCGCGACAUCGAGCUCUCCCAAAUGGAGAGGGAGAAGAAGCGGGCGGGAGACGACGGUGUCGGCGGAGCGGAGGAGGAGGGCCUCCCGAACCCGAUGCAGGCGGCAGCGGCAUCGGCGCUCGCAUUCUCCGUGGGCGCGAUGGUGCCGCUGCUGGCUGCAUGCUUUAUAAAGGAGUAUAGAGUGAGGGUGGCGGCGGUGGUGGCGGCGGUGACGGUGGCGCUGGCGGUGUUCGGGUGGCUGGGGGCGGUGCUGGGGAGGGCGCCGGUGGCGAGGUCGGCGGCGAGGGUUUUGAUCGGAGGGUGGCUGGCUAUGGCUGUCACGUUUGGUCUCACUAAGUUGAUUGGAUCAAGGGGACUGUAAAUUUGAUGGAACAAAUUAAUUUGUAUCAAAAUGUUUUAACUAAUUAUUAAGAUGUACGUGAUUAAUUUUUGUU